AUGUUCAAGCAAAGCGGUCAAAUUGUGAUAGAGUAUUUGUGAAGAUGCGUGCUGUGAUAGUUUUUUGCUGCCUCAACACUGUCUGGUCAUGGAAUGGGCCAGAAGUGGACACCCCACUUGGAAGAGUCCGGGGUCUCUGGAAAGUCUCCUACAAUGGAAAGAGAUACAGCUCAUUCGAGGGAAUCCCUUAUGCAAAGCCACCCAUCGGAAAUUUGAGAUUUGAAGAAGCUGUACCAAUUGAUCCAUGGCCAGGUACCUGGAAUGCUACAAAAACAUCUAAUCGAUGCAUGCAAACAAACAUCACUGGAGAAGGAGAAGUUCAAGGGAAUGAAGAUUGCCUUUACUUGAACAUAUACGUCCCUGGAAAGAGAAUCGUCCCAUACAAAAAGUACGAUGUUCUGCUACAAAUACACGGAGGUGCCUACAUGACAGGCAGUGGCACGGAUGUGGCCGAAUCUUCUUUCGUUCUUGAUAUGGACCUCAUCUAUGUCGCCAUCAACUACCGACUAGGAGUUUUCGGCUUUUUGAGCACCGAAGACCACGUUCUACCAGGCAAUAAUGCCAUGAAAGACCAAGUCCUCGCCAUGAAGUGGGUGAAAAGCAAUAUCGAAUUUUUUGGAGGCAAUCCAGAUUCCGUCACCCUUAUCGGCCAUUCUGCUGGGGGUUCUAGUGUCCAUUUGCACACGCUGUCGCCUAUGUCGAGAGGCUUGUUCCACAGGGCGUUCGCUGGCAGUGGGGUGGCGUUGAGUCCGUGGGUCAUCAAGGAAAAACCAGCGAUAUUUGCUAAGAAGAUGGCUGCCCUGCUAGGGUGCCCAACAGAACCUUCUCAUCUUCUGAAAGAUUGCCUUAAAACUCGCCCUGCCAAUCACUUCAUAGACAAUUACAGAGAGUUCUUCGGUUAUGGCCAUUUACCAUUUGCUCCAUUUUCGCCAGUGGUGGAAAAACACUCUAGAAAUCCAUUUUUAACCAAACUUCCCUAUGAAGCUAUCAAAGAUGGAGAUGUGGCAGAUGUGCCCUUGCUCAUUUCUACUGUUAGGGACGAAGGGCUAUAUCCUGCUUACUAUUUCCUCGAUCAUUUCGAAGAUGUGGAUCCAGUUUUUCCGGAUGUUGCGCAUUUCCUGUUAGACUACAAUUACACAUUGCCUAAAGAAAAGCGCAUACAAGUUGCAAAACAAAUCAAAGACCUUUAUCUAGGCCCUGGGGAACAAAUCAGCAACGCGACAUACAAGAAAUUCUUCAAGAUAUUUUCGGACAGAGACUACAUCGCUCCAUCUGAAAUGGCUGCGAAAGCUCAAGCCAAAGUUAUGAGAUCGCCAGUCUAUUACUAUUAUUUUGACUAUAACAGUGAGAUUCUACCAACUUCGAUUCUGAUGACCGGGAGGGACUUAGAUGUUGUUUCUCAUACAGGAGAUACCAUAUACAGUCUUGGGCAAGCCAUGAACGGUUUGAGAUUCACAGGAGAUGACAACGAAAUGAAAGAUAAACUACAGAACAUAAUUACUUAUUUCGUUAAAACUGGAUUUCCUUCCUUUGAUGGUUGCAAUACCUGGAAAAAUGUAGAUAAAGGCAUCGAUCUCACAUACCUACACAUUGCUGGACCAAAUGAUAUGAAGGUAAGGAGUAUCAAAUCUUUGGGCAACGCUGAUUUCUGGAGGCAAUUUGGCCUUGGUGAAACAGAGAGAGAUGUUACUCCAUAUGAUAAUUCUUUUUUUUUGCAUUCGAAAAGAUUUAUGUACUUUAACAAAAAUGAAUAAAACAGAAUUGCAUUUCUUGGUGAUGUGCUCUAAUAUUAUAUGAUGUACAGUUGAAUAAAGAAUGUACAUUUUUCGU